AAGUUCGGGUCAGGGUCCGACUCCCAACUCCCUCUCGCAACCCCCCGGCGAUCGCCUCCCCUCCGCGAGACUCCCAGACUCCCUUCAAGAAGUGCUCCGGCGUCCCCUCCCCUUCGCCACCGGCGUUGCUCUCCGCUCGCUCUGAGACCGGCGUCGCCUCCUCUUCGACCUUCGCCGGCGUCGCCUCCCCUUCGACUUCGCCGAGCGGAUAUAUGGCUUUUGUGGGUAUUCAAAAUGUUCAGAUGUAUUUUUCACAUACGGAGCAAAUAGAUACACAGCUUUUGGAGGUUCAACAUCAAAGACAGGACGGAUGUUGCUUGCCUGUAUGUCUUGCGGAGCUUGUGGGGAUAAUGUAUAGCAAAGAGACUAACACUCCUCACAUCCGCCUGUCUUCGCAAGAGUUAAUCGACUGGGUGCCCAUGGUAUAUCCGGAAUUUUAUCAAAAUAGUCGGUAUGCGAUUGUCACCGGGGGGUUAUAUUUUUUACACCCUAUUCACUGCUUAGAUUAUCUGAAAGAGGGGGGUAUUUGUGAAGCCAUGCAUUAUCCAUUUACAGGCCUGAGAUCUCCUCUAUCCAAUAGAAGAACGAGGUUUGAGGGGGUCAAAUAUAAAUGUGGAACAACGGGAUUUACUAAAUUUAGACCUGAAAUGGUUGAUGUGUUAGUUCAGGUACUCCAGCAGUGCCCUCUUUUCGGGGUAUUACACCUUGACCUACCUUUUAUAACGCUUCGAAGAGGGGAGAUUUAUCCAGGGCCAUUGAAUAUUAGACGGAAUAGACGGAUGGUGCAUGCGGUUUUAAUAACGGGAUAUGGAAAGGUAAAUAAUACCCCAUGUUUGGAAAUAAAAAAUUCAUGGGGUAUUAAUUGGUGUAAUGCCGGCUACGGCUUAAUUGGUCUUGGAGCACUUGAAUGGGUUGGGUAUGUUGGUGAUGUAUAUAGGGUGGAACCCUGAGGACUAAAGUGGUGAUAUCUUAUAGGUCUAGGCUGUUUAAAUACUUGGCAUAUAUGGGUAUGACUUCAGGAGCUUGUGAUGUAAACUUGAGCGUAGUCUUUAAUCUGCAGCAAGCGACAUGUUUACAAUGCUGGGUCUGACUUGUUUUUCCAUUUGUAUACUUCAUGUGUAAAUGUAGUUACCCGCCGUUUUCUCUGUUCAAAGACCACAUUUUUUUCUUCGUUUGUUAUGUUCCCCUUCCGUUGAAAACAAUGUUUUUCCUUCUUCCUAUUAGGCUUGGGGAAAUAUGUAUCAUGUUUUGAAAAUUGAGAGACAACAUUUACACUACUAAUAAUUCAUGGUAAUAUUGAUAAUUGUCAUAUUUGUGAGGGA